CGUAGAGAGGUACUACGCUAUCUGUCAUCCUCUGAGAUCAAGACGAUGGCAGACGUUAUCUCAUGCCUACAGGAUGAUAAUCGUCAUCUGGCUGACUAGCGUAUUCACAAUGGCUCCCAUAGCAUACCUGAGCCAGCUCAUCCCGACAAAUCAAGGUCACCACAAGUGUAGGGAGAUUUGGCCUUCCAGAACCAUGGAGAGAGUAUAUAAUAUCUUCCUAGAUCUCUUCCUCCUGGUCCUGCCUCUCGUAGGACUCAUGGCCACUUACGCCCUCAUCAUACACACUCUCUGGAAGGGAAUGAACCUCCAAAACACCGGCCAAGUAAUUGCAACCACGGAGAUCUUGCGACCAACGUCCAGCAUGAAGAUCAAGUCGUCCACAGUGUCGGGCCCAAACUCCUUCACCUCCAGUUGCCACUGGUCCGAUCCCCAGGACUCCAUGAGACGUUCCAUCACUGCCAAGGUCCUCACCAAGAAGAAGAGGGUCGUCAAGAUGUUGUUCGCUGUAGUGGCGGAAUUCUUCAUUUGCUGGACCCCUCUUUACGUCAUCAAUACGGUGGCGUUGUUUGCUCCGGCGUUCGUCUACAACAGUCUAGGGUUCGAGACCAUCAGUUACUUCCAGCUCUUAGCGUACUCUUCGAGUUGUUGCAAUCCCAUCACUUACUGCUUCAUGAACUCUAGCUUCAGAAAGGCUUUCCUAAAGUUGUUCAAGUGCCAUCGCUCUGAGAGGGCAAAACGCACUUUUUGACCCGAGCCCAGGGUUCAGUCACCCUGGGGAGACUCUACGUGUUGAGUGCGGAAAAAGACAAAAGUGUCAAAUGUGUGUUUAUUACCAAGACUUAAGGUAAAUGCACCAGUAGCUGACAGUGCUCCAGAAGCUGACAGUUUGAGUUUCUUAACAUUAUAAUGUGGUCUCUUAAAAAUAUUUACACAUGAUUGCAUUGUUAGAAGAACAUAUGUUUAUUCUUGAUUUGUUUACAAACAAAUCAGUGAAAUUUAACCCAUACUCGCUGAAUGGUGGUGGUUUGAAAGCGACCCUGUCUGUACACAUACAUUUAGUCGAUUCCCUUAAUGAAAUUGUUAAGAAGGUAAGUUUGGUUUUUUUGUCAUUUCGCUAAAUUUCUUAAAUAGUAUUAAUGAUUAGGCUCAUUAUUUUUUUCAAUUAUACCUUUGUUGACGAUUUCAUGAUAAAAUUGGGGUGUUAGGGGUUUUGGAUUUAAAAUUAUAUCAAUGUCAGACUUUGGUACACAAAAGCCAUACAAGUUCCACUAGCUGACAGGGGAUAUUUGCUACUUGCACAAUAUUAAAUUGGUUUUACCCAUCGAAAUUUGCAUGCUAUUUAUAAUUUAUGUGAUCUCACAUUUUUAUAAUAUGAUUUUAA